UGACACGUAGCAACGGAGCCAGUUCAGGGUCCUAAGCGGUGUUUGGGUGUUUUGGGGGUUUGCCGGAGCAGCUGCCGCGGCUUCUCCAUUUGAUCAUUUGCAAUGUCAGGCUUUGAUAACUUAAACACGGAUUUCUACCAGACAAGUUACAGCAUCGAUGACCAUUCACAGCAGUCCUAUGAUUAUGGAGGAAGUGGAGGACCCUAUAGCAAGCAGUAUGCUGGCUAUGACUAUUCGCAGCAAGGCCGAUUUGUCCCUCCAGACAUGAUGCAGCCACAACAGCCAUACACCGGGCAGAUUUUCCAGCCAACUCAGGCAUACACUCCAACAACACCUCAGCCGUUCUAUGGAAACAACUUUGAGGAUGAGCCACCUUUAUUAGAAGAAUUAGGUAUCAAUUUUGACCACAUCUGGCAAAAAACACUAACAGUGUUACAUCCAUUAAAAGUAGCAGAUGGCAGCAUCAUGAAUGAGACUGAUUUGGCAGGACCCAUGGUUUUUUGCCUUGCCUUUGGAGCCACAUUGUUACUGGCUGGCAAAAUCCAGUUUGGCUAUGUAUAUGGGAUCAGUGCAAUUGGAUGUCUAGGAAUGUUCUGUUUACUAAACUUAAUGAGUAUGACAGGUGUUUCAUUUGGUUGCGUGGCAAGUGUCCUUGGAUAUUGUCUUCUUCCCAUGAUCCUACUUUCCAGUUUUGCAGUGAUAUUUUCUUUGCAAGGAAUGGUAGGAAUCAUUCUCACUGCUGGAAUUAUUGGUUGGUGUAGUUUUUCGGCUUCCAAAAUUUUUAUUUCUGCAUUAGCCAUGGAAGGACAGCAACUUCUAGUAGCAUAUCCUUGUGCUUUGUUAUAUGGAGUCUUUGCCCUAAUUUCCGUUUUUUGAACUGAAUUGAUCUGGCAUGUGGACACCAUUGAGCCAAAAGGACUUUGAACUCUUAUAUUGGACCAGCGAACUGCUACAGUGCAACUCCCGUGCAGAUCUAACGUUUGACUAUUGGCGCAGUGGAAGUAAACAUACAUCUUUUGUUCAUUUUUAUAGAACUUUUGAAUACUAUGUUGGAUUUACUUGCAGUAUGACUAGCUUUAAAUGUUUGUGCUUAUACCAAUAAGAAGUGCUAUUUCUUUCCUGUUCUGCAGCCUUUGAAAAACAGAUUUUUUUUCUUGCAAAUUAUAUUAAGAUGUUUUUGAUAGAUUUUUAUCAACUGUGGGAAACUGACCACAGGGCUGAUAAUCUUUUCUUAAAAACAACCCAGUCUUGGUUAAGAAGACACAAGAUGUACUGCAGAAAUGUUUUUCCAAGGGAUUGGGAAAGAAAAAUUGCCUGUAUUCUCAAGUUAGAUGCACUUGAAGCAAAAAAGUGAUCCCAAUGUAGAGUUUUAUGAGUUUGCCCUGCACAAAUUUGACAUUCCUUUAAAUUAUCUCAUGGAGUUUUUGCUAAAAUUCAACAAGACAGCAAGUUCCUAGUCUACUUGAUUGUAGACAGGAAGUGUGAGCACCUGUUGAGGUUAGCAUGAACUAAACCAUAGUGACCUAGACUGAACGCAUUAAUGUUCAUAGUCGUAUCUCCAUGUUUCCUAGGAAAAAGAAAAUCACUAACCUUUUUUGAGAAAAAGAUUUAAAACGUCACAGUUUCAGUACUGCAGUUAUCAAUGUAAAGUGCAUUUGAUGCUUAGUAAUUAAAAUUUUCCCAGUU